AUGCAUUUCUCAGACACACAUGGUGAGUAUCUCGAAAUGUUUACCCGUCCCACAAAGAAAAUUGAUCAACUUAAAAACAAGCUUGUAGCAAAGGUUUCAAGGCGACAAGAAAGCCUGCAAAUUGAUAUCGUGUUCAAGCCAUCCAGCAUAAGGUUGUCGGCCUGCUAUGUCCACGGAAGCACCUUUCAAGACCGUACAUCUAUUCCCCCUGUAAUCCUGGCGGGAAUAUCGGGCAGGACUUUGGGAGAACCAGGUAGAGUAUUCUAG